AUGGUUUUUUCUUAUGCAUCAAGGCAACUAAAACCACAUGAAGUCAAUUACCUGACUAAUGAUUUGGAGCUUGUAGCCAUUGUCUUUGCUCUAAAAAUUUGGAGACUUUACUUGCAGCAAAGAUGGCUAGAGUUGAUUAAUGACUAUGACGGAGAGUUUAAUUACCAUGAGGCUUUAUCUAUCCGACCUUCAAUUUUUGAGGAAAUUUUAACAAAUCAAGUAAGUGAGUCCUUUUUGGAGGAAAUAAAAGAGCAUGUUAAAGAAGGGAAAGCUAAAGGAUUCGCGAUAUUCGAGGAUGGUAGCAUCCGAUACAAGGGUCGAUGGUGUGUACCUUCUACUUGCACAGAGCUCAAGGAUAAAAUCUUGAUAGAGGCUCAUAGUUCAAAAAAGUCAAGAGUGAGCAUAAGAGGCCUGCAGUAUUUAUUCCAACCUUUGAAUAUUCCUGUAUGGAAAUGGGAUGACAUUUCCAUAUAUCAUGGUGUUCCUAGAUUUGUAGUGUCUGAUCGUGAUAAUAGGGACGUGUCAAAAUUUUAG